AUGAUCUUUCCCGGCCCUUCGCAUAUCGCUGUGGCGCGCAAAGAGAUCAACGCGGCCACGAGCCCCAGCUCCGCCACAGCCAACGCGAUCGCGAGCAGCAGCCACCCACCGGUCAGCCUCCCACGCAACAAGCGUUACGGGACCAUUCUCUUUCCUGAGGACGCACCUCGUCGGCGUAAGCUAAGUGCUGCGCAAGAAGUUAUCGCCAAAACGCGCGCGCAGUGGGCCGCUGCUGACACAAGCCAGCACAAUCACGACCACGACCAUGCGCCACGCCUCGCGGAAGCAUCGGGGAACAGCACCGACCAGCUCAAGGCAAAGAAUAACGCCCAGAUACUAGACAACCUGGCAAAGAAAGCAACCCUACACCACCACCAAGAGUUCCUAUACUUAUUACCACUAUUGUCUCCAUUACUAACUCAGACAAGGAUGAUAGAUCCUUUGGAGGCUUCCAAAGGCAAGGAACAGAAAACACCCAAGGAAAGCAGAUAUAAUGGAGGAACUCUAGAAACACACUUUAGGCCGAGACCCUUGAUGACAAACAUAUUAGGAAUCUUGACGAUUCUACAAGCUGAGUUCCAAACAAUUUUGGAGCUCCAGAAAUCCCUGGAACUAUUACUUCAAAGAGACUAUUGGCAAGAGGUCUAG